GAUUUCAGUGGAAACAGCUAAUAAUAUCCCGCUGAAUCCAUUUUAAAGUUUUUUGAAGACUGAUGCACCCAUAGAUGAUAUGAUCAUAAUAGAUAUCUUGGUGAAAGUAAUAUAUGUACUGUAUGUAUGACUAAAAUAUUUGCUGCCACAUAAACAGAUCUGAACCCGUGCUAUUCUUACGAUCACCCAAUUUAUGUACGAAAACAACUAUUUGCUUCGAGGGUCACGAAUUAUGACCACCAUUACAACUACUGUUUGAAAUGAGAAAAACGAUUCAGUCGUCAAAAUAGUUACCAAGAAUACAACUGUUCGGUAGUGAAGUCCCAGGGCAAUAAAACAUGAAAUAACUGCAGAAGAUCUUAUUGCACCGUUCCACCAAAAAAGAGAUCGCUCCCUCUGUAACUAGCUUUUCUCUAACAAAUGUGAUUGAGACCAGUGAAUCACAUGGCUAUCCUGCAUUGACUACUACCAUGUACUAUUCUGGCGCAGGUAAUAUUCACCAAUUUCAAUAAUUUAGGUCGCUCAUCGCCUAGGGUGUGAACAACAGGCCUACCCAACACAAGUUAUAUAUGGAUUUGUCAGUAGGCGGGCUCAAUUGUGGGUACCAUGACGUCAUAUGCACGAUUUUUGUAUCGCGAGGUUCGAGACAGCUGAGACUUAACAGGAAGAAGAAGUUUGGCAUUAGCCGUCAAGACUCGGCGGAGAGUGCUGUGUGUGAGCGUGUGCUGUUCUUUGUUUUUUGUUGUGACUGCUGUUAAAUUAUCGUCUUAACUGCUGCUCCCGUUUUGGACAUACAUUUGGAGUCACAAUACGAAUCAUUCUUGUGUUCUUGGAGAUCCUUUUUCACGUUGCAAAAUGAGCUUUUUGUUUGGGAGUCGCUCGUCGAAGACGUUCAAGCCGAAGAAGAACAUUCCGGAAGGCUCUCACCAGUACGAGCUGCUCAAGCACGCGGAGGCCACGCUGGGGAGCGGGAACCUGCGCAUGGCCGUCAUGCUGCCCGACGGCGAGGACCUCAACGAGUGGGUCGCCGUCAACACUGUGGAUUUCUUCAACCAGAUCAAUAUGCUCUACGGGACUAUCACUGACUUCUGCACCGAGGAGAGCUGCCCGGUGAUGUCAGCCGGGCCCAAGUAUGAGUACCACUGGGCUGAUGGCACCAACAUAAAAAAGCCAAUCAAGUGUUCCGCACCAAAGUAUAUUGAUUAUUUGAUGACCUGGGUGCAGGAUCAGCUGGAUGACGAGACUCUCUUCCCAUCAAAAAUAGGUGUCCCGUUCCCCAAGAACUUCAUGUCCGUUGCCAAAACCAUCCUGAAGCGCCUGUUCCGGGUGUACGCCCACAUAUACCACCAGCACUUUGACGCAGUCAUCCAGCUGCAGGAAGAGGCCCACCUGAACACGUCAUUCAAGCACUUCAUUUUCUUUGUUCAGGAAUUUAACCUGAUAGACAGAAAGGAACUGGUCCCGCUCCAGGAAUUGAUUGAAAAACUGACCUCCAAGGACAGAUAAAUAGACUCGGAAGAAUAUGUUCAUCCGACAAACCUCCUCUAGUUUCCCUUUGUCUCAUACAGAAAACCUGGCUUUGCUAUAUGUGCUACAGUGUGUGAUAACGUUAAGGGAACAUUUCUUAGAAAGUUAGGGAUAAGGCAGCUUUUGAUUCUUUGCAACGUGAUGACGGCAGAUCUUAUUGUAGGUGAGUGACUUUGACUGGGUUAACUUUUACAUUGCUGGGUGAAUUAUAGCCAUGUUCCACUGAUGUUCUAAACCCUUCUCAAGAUUUCAAGACAUUCAAGUGCCUAUAAUGGUUUUCCUCAACACUGUAACAAAUCUACUGAACAUAGACAACAUCCACUAUAUAGGUUUUUCAAAUACUUAAAACAAUAUAGAUGGUUUACACCCAUUGUUGUUUUGUCUGUACACAUUCUGCUGUAUAACUGACUUGCCUUUGGGGAGUUUAUUAGAUGGUACUUUUGUAGAGGUUGGGGAGUUUCCAAACGUACAUUUGUACACAUUAAGGACAUGAUUAGUAAUGCAUGUGCCAGCUUUGGUAGGACAGAGAGCCCCUUGUUUUUAUCCUUUUUAGAUACAGCAUGAUAACGAAGAUUGUCGGUCAGAUGGUGAAGUCUGAUGAGGAGUUAGAGACCGUUCAGUAUUAUGUGCAAGCGAUAAAGCUUGAAAUGUACAACUUUCAAAGAGCUAUAAUCUGGCGAUUUAUGUACUAGGACUUCUGUAGUUCAAUACACAAGUCUUUGAAUGUUCUAUAAAAAGUUUACUUGAUGCGCUGAUGGAUGGCUCAUCCUGUAAAGGCACCGUUUCAGCAUGUGUGGAAUCCCCACAGUCUAAUUAGGUGCUGAUUGGCCGACAGCCCCUGCAGAACAAUGCACAGUUAGCCCCGACAUUGCCAGGAUAGGGAGGGUUUCAGCUGGCCAGGAUGACUGCGUCUUUGCUCUCUAUCAACCCCUGCUGGUCAGUCGAGCACAUGCUGUCCACUAGUCGAGCUGCACGUGAAGUGUCUUCCUCUGACUCUUGUCUGUGUGGGCUUGGCUUGUUGACUGUGGUUUAACAAGAAGCACUGGCUGACAUUACAUACUGAGGAGGAGAGUAUGUGCGUGAUAGCAGAGGUUGCAGCUUUGGGUGCUGAAGAGUAUUAUUGGGCAUUCCAAAUUGGAAGAAGAAAUGGAAAAAGUUUACUUGAUUAUUCAUUAUAAGUUCCCUACUACUGAUAUACCUUUCCAUGUACACUACAUAUAAUAAGCUAUAGACCUCCUGGAUUGUAAUGGCUGCUGGAGAACUAAUUUCUAUUGCAGUGUUCCAGUUUAUUUCAGUUGUUUUGAGUUGUUGUUUAUUCAGAUUGCUUUGGCACCUCAGUAAUAUUUGAGAAGUAAGCAUCUUAAGCACAGCUGUAUCUGGAGUUCAGUGCAGUCCUUUGCAGUCUCACAAAAUGGACAACCUUGUAGGGUUAAAACCAUAGAAAUUAUAUUACAUGGCGGUGCACCCCAAAAAAAGCAAGUCUAUAUGGAACACCGUAGUAAUGUUGAUAGCUCUUGCUGUAGCACAAAUGAAAUGUGUACCUGUUUUAUUAUGUUUUACAAAUGAUAUUCUGCUGGCACUGACAGUGUGUUCUCUACCUUGUUCACAAUGGCAUCACAGGUUGUAGACAAUCUCAGACAAAACAUUAUCUACGUAAGCUUGCUUGCUACAAUAUGUGCACACGUAUUAACUUCAUUGACUAUAAUUUUAGCUUUGUUUACUGAAAUGAAAUAAAAGUUUAUAUAGCGGCACAGAAGGCCUCGGUAUGUCUCAUAUUCAUAUUGACGCUGUAAGUGUGCAAACAAAUGAACUGCAGUCUGCAAUGGGCAAAGGCUUCAAAGAGAAAAUGAUUUCAAACAGAAAUCUUACUAUGCAGACCGUUUCUUGGUCACUUAUACUGUAUAAGGUAGUCUUCGGAUCUAGCAUAUUGGUCAAACUUUUAUAGCAAGAUUGUAUUAAUUUAAUAAUUCAGCAAAUAAUGUGUUAUUGUUUCAGAUUUUGGGGGGGGGGGGGGGAUUUUUUUAAGGGGAGUAACUUCAUGACUGUUUGCCAUCCAUUCAUAUCUCCCAAUAGAUUGAAAAACUGAAUUUUAAAUAGUGCACUUUUAAAAAUGUGUCUGUUGACAUACGAUACGUUUCACCACCCUGUUAUACCAUUGGCUGAGGACAGUUGGCUGGUUAUGCAACCUUAGCAUAUGCUAAUAUUUUGACCCAGGGAAUUAAAAUGCCAGCUGUUGUUUGCUGUUACUGUAUGAUAUCAUGCAGCAUCAGUGAUACACUUUAGAGCUCUUACCAGGUGCAAAAUAUCGAGGAAAGCAAUUUGUUUGCCAUAAUUUUGUUUCGACCAAAUGCUGUAGUGCUUGUGGCCUGCGGUAUGUUGCCACGCCCUUUCCUCUUCCUUUGUGGCAUGAUGCACAUGAUCCAGAAAGUUUUAUCCUGUAAGAAAAAAGUGCCAGACUCUCAGACCACAUGUUCUGUUGCUGUGUAGAUUGUUGGAAUAUUGCACUACAGUGCAGGUAAACUGUCACCCCUCGCUGUGAGCAAUAAUCGAUGGCCUGUCCCCAAAAGAGAGAGAGAAGACUCUUGAAAUAUUUAAGCAUUCUAUAUAACAAGCUUGCUAUGCAAUUUAACCUAAUUCUGUUUUGCAUUCUAAUACAGGGGUAUUAAUAUUAGUCACUUCUAUAUUUUAAUUCCGAUUUAAAUUUGCGUGGUAUAAAUUGAUUUGGCUUACUUAUUUCUUAAAGAGUGUAAACCAUGGCAAUUAUCAUUACAUUUAGGGGAGUAUAUGUUGUCUUCAUUUCAGCAGGGAUACCAGUUUAAAUGGCAUAGUGUUAUAUGUUGAUUGUGGGUUUAAACACAAAGUGUGUUACUUUUGAUCAAAAUGUUUAAUAUCUAUUGAUUUUGGAGGACAUGGCUUGGUUUUUUCUUGUUAUUUUUCCUUUCACAUUUAUUUGAACAUGUUAUCACUAUGCUUUUCAUCACACAGUAAAUUAAACAAAUGUAUCUUUGGACCUGAAUCUGCUGUACAAACCAUAUGCAACUCAAAUGGUUGGAUAGGAUUUCAAGAUUAAAACAUCCACGUUGAUUGUAUGAAACUGUCAUUGUAUACGUGCCCCCUGGUAGUCCUGGUUCUGUUUGAUUUGGGCAGUCAUGUUUUGCACUUUUGGAAUCAAUAGCCUGGUUGGUUAUUUUCUCCCCUCAAAGGUUAAAAUUAGUUUCCAGUAGAAACUGCAUAUUGCUCUAAAUAGGAAUUUUAAUUCUUCAGUAUGUUUUAACAGUAAUUUUCUUUAUCUUUGGUUUUUUUUUAUUAUUUUUUUUUAAGUUUGUUUAAAUGUUAUAUUACAUUCUUGUUUUGUUUAGUUUUGCUGUUUGUUAGAACUGACUGUAUAAACCGAAACAGUGGUACAGCAGUGCACUUUAGGAUGUAACAUUUUGUUUUUUUUUGUUUUUUGUCAGCAAUUUUACUGAUUUCCACAUGUAAAUGCCCCUUCAACACUAAGAAGUUGUUGUAAUAUACAGCACAUUUUUGGAGAAAGUUGUAAAUAAUGUAUACAGGUGUGUUAUUUGAUGGGAUUAAAGAUGUUUAAAGUUACGGGAUUUUUUUUAGUAUGAUACUGAACGCUGUUUAUAUGGACAAUAAAAGUUUUGUUUGAAGAAA